UACAAGUCACUACAUUUCUCGGUGAGAAAGAUGAACACCCAGAAAAAUCUACGAAAGAUGUACACCCAGAAAAAUCUACGAAAGAUGUACACCCAGAAAAAUCUACGAAAGAUGUACACCCAGAAAAAUCUACGAAAGAUGAACACCCAGAAAAAUCUACGAAAGAUGUACACCCAGAAAAAUUUACGAAAGAUGAACACCCAGAAAAAUCUACGAAAGAUGAACACCCAGAAAAAUCUACGAAAGAUGUACACCCAGAAAAAUCUACGAAAGAUGUACACCCAGAAAAAUUUACGAAAGAUGUACACCCAGAAAAAUCUACGAAAGAUGUACACCCAGACAUAGAAAAUUCAGCUAACAUGCAGUUUUUGACGCAUUAA